CGCUGCCCAGCACUAGACCACCAGCAGAUUUCUCGUUUAAUAAAUUGUCAAUAACUUUGCCAAUCCAGUCGUUGGAUGCAGGUUGUUUUUCUUUUCGCCCGUAUUAUUUGUUGUGCAGCCGCGAACGCGAGUGUAAGUGAGUGAGUGUGUGCGAAAGUGUGUUUGUGCGGGGCCUUGGAUUGCCCCGGAUUGCAAAAAGAUUGCAAAGAGGCCGAGAAAGAAAACAGGCCCAAAGGAAAAUUGUGCAAUAGUCGCGAAAAUCGAAGGACUCGCAGCAGGACGACGACGGCGACGACGAUGUGAAGCUGCAGGCGUUGGUUGUGGUGAAACAAAGUGUGAAAUCAUGUGCCUGGCGGAGCAUCCGCAGAAGCAACCGAACCGGAGCAGCACCUCACCCACAUUCAAUGCAAAAUACAGGCGAAAAUGCCUGCUGCUCCUCACGCUCCUCCUCUUCCACGGUUGCUUCAGCGGACUGCACCGCGCUAGCGCCUUUAACUGUACCGCCCACGGCGGUCGCUGCCAGAACGACGGACAGUGCCAGGAGGACGGACAGUGCCUCUGCGCCGACGGCUGGCAGGGUCCGGAAUGUCAGUUCUGCGGUGGGAAAGUCCGCAUGUACCAUCCGAUGGGCACGAUACACGACGGCUGGGGCAACUAUUCGGUGAGUGUCAAGUGCAGCUGGCUAAUCGACGCCAGACAUCCGCACUGGAACCGCCGACAUAACACCAAUCCGUCGCGAGCGGCCAACAUACGGAUCCACCUGCGAGAGUUUGCCACGGAAUGCGGCUGGGAUCACCUGUACAUAUACGAUGGCGACAGCGUGGACUCGCCCUUGUUGGCGGUUUUCAGUGGCCUCAUGUACCGCGGCAACUUCUCUAUUCGUCGCGUGCCACAGGUGAUUGCGAGAUCCGGCACCGCACUGGUGCACUUCUUCAGCGAUGACGCCUACAACAUGUCCGGCUUCAACCUCACCUACAAGAUGAACGGCUGUCCCUCGGAUAGCGAUGAGGUGGAGUGCUCUGGCCAUGGCAAGUGCCGCGAUGGCGACUGCAUCUGUGAUCCCAUGUUCAGGGGCGAAGCCUGCAACAUUGCCGCCUGUCCUAACAACUGCUUGGAGUCCAAGAACCAGGGUCAUUGCCGACUCGACCAGGAACGCUGCUCCUGUUACGAAGGCUUCGCCGGCGACGACUGCAGUCAGAUCAGCGCCCACGGCGCCUGGUCCACCGUUCACCCGAAGCACUCGCCGGCGCCAGCUGGCAGCGCCUCCCAUGGCGCCACCGUUUGGCGCGACACACUGCACAUUGUGGGCGGAGAAUCGUACGGACGGGGCGAGUUAAUGAGCACCUAUGACUUCAACGGCAACGUUUGGGAGACUCUGCAUCCGGAGGAUGGUGGCGAGGUGCCGUACAAGCGAUACGGUGCCUCCACGGUGAUGUACGGCGACAAGAUCUUUAUGUACGGCGGCGUAGUUAAAGGACAAGGCAUCUCCAACGAGCUGUGGGCCUUCGACGUCUCGGCUCGAACGUGGGCCAACAUCUCGGUGCGACCGGAUGCCGAGUGCAAUGCCACUGGAGGAGCCACAGCCAUGUGCGGACCCCUGCAUGUGGUGGGUCACACGGCGACGUUGGUUCCCGGCUACGGGGACAAGAACAACUACCAGUACAUGGUGGUCAUCUUUGGCCACUCACCGAACUACGGCUACCUCAACACAGUGCAGGAGUUCAACUUUGCGUCGCGCGAAUGGAGAAUAAUUCCCACCACUGGGUACGUGGUGAAGGGAGGCUAUGGACACAGUGCCGCGUACGACUUCCUCACGGAGAAGGUGUAUGUGUACGGCGGAAUUGUUUCCGAGAGUGAAUCCAGUCAGGUGCUCAGCUCAAGGUUGUAUGCGUAUGAACCUGCCACGCGAAUCUGGACCCUUCUGUCGGCGGCGCCAAGUGCUCGACUGCUGCACACGGCGAACUUUGUGAACCAGGGACUGAUGAUGGUCUUCGGCGGCAACACGCACAACGACACCUCGCAGAGCUACGGAGCCAAGUGCUACAGCCAGGACCUGCUCGUGUACGAUGUUUACUGCGACUCGUGGCACUAUCACCCGAUGCCGAACCACCUGCAGGCGGAUCUGGCCCGCUUUGGCCACAGUUCGGUUGUGUUUGAGGAUUCGCUGUACAUCUACGGUGGCUUCAACGGCCAGUUGCUGAGCGAUAUGCUGCGCUACCAGCCGGGCUACUGCAGCUACUACACCAAGCAGGAGAAGUGCACGGGAGCGCGGCCGGGAGUGAAGUGCAUCUGGGAUGUGGCGAAGAUGCGCUGCAUUGCCAUCACCCAGGUCCAGCGAUCGGCCAUCUACGGACGCGAGCAGUACGACUAUGUGGCCUGUCCGUCGAAGAGUAGGCUAAUGCUCACCUCGGAGCUACUGCACGAUGUCCACCGUUGCCAGGAGCUGGCCAGCUGUCAGUCCUGCGUGUCCACCGCCUUCGGCUGCACCUACUGCGGCAAUGGAGUGUGCAGCAAGGAGCGCUGUCGCGAAACCACCUCGGUGGCCUCCGUCUUCUACGAGUCGUCCACGCAACAGGCGUUCUCCACGGCGAGUCCGCCGCUGAAUGCCAAGCACCUGGACUCGUGUCCCCUCACGGAAGAUUACCUCGUUCGCUCCGUUUGCGAACAGCUGCACAAUUGUCGCGCCUGUUCCGCCAAUCUGGCGUGUCGCUGGGACUCGGAGCAGAAUCGCUGUCGGAGCUAUUCGAAUACCGGUGGAAUGGCAGUUAAUCGGACGCUGGAUGAAGUGGCUUGCACGCCGUCCUGUGCCUCGUUGACCAAUUGCCAGAACUGCACGGAGGACGAGUGCAUCUGGUGCCAGAACGAACAGCGAUGCGUGGACCGCAAUGCCUACACGGCCAGCUUUCCGUAUGGUCAGUGCCGGGAGUGGACCACCUUUACGGCCAAAUGCCGAUCUGCUCCGAUCCAAACGACGGCCUUGUCCGUGGGCAGCACUACGGCGUUGUCCAGUGCGCAAUGUGGUUUCUACAACAGCUGCCAGAUGUGCCUGGAUGAUCCGGCUUGCGGAUGGUGCGACAAUGGAUCAAAUACGGGUCUCGGCAGAUGCGUUGUUGGAGGAGCUUUAGCUCCAUACGAUGAAACGGAGUGUGCGCUGAAGCAUUGGUUCUUCACGUCCUGCCCACGAUGUAAUUGCAACGGACAUUCGUAUUGUAACGACCAACAGCACUGCGAACAGCCGUGCAACAAUUUAACAACGGGAGCUCAUUGCGAGAAGUGCCGCACGGGAUACUGGGGCAAUCCGAUCAACGGAGGUAAAUGCCAGCGCUGCGAUUGCAAUGGUCAGGGUGUCUACUGUCACCCGGACACCGGAAAGUGCUACUGCACCACGAAGGGGAUUGUGGGUGAUCAUUGCGAGAAGUGCGACUCGCAGAACCAUUACCACGGGGAUCCACUGAAGGGAUCCUGCUACUACGAACUAACCAUCGACUAUCAGUUCACGUUUAACCUUUCUAAGAAGGAGGAUCGCCACUUCACACAGAUCAACUUCCGAAACUCGCCGGGAAAGCCGGAGAUAGAUGCGGAUUUCACGAUUACCUGUAGCGUGCCGGCCAAAAUGGACAUCUCUGUGAAGAGAGCCGGUUCGCCGGAUAUGCUCAUCCUGGUGGGCGUCAACUGCUCAACGUUCCGGCACCGUUUCCCCAAGACGGACUACCAGUUCGGGCACUCGCCCGAUGACAACAGCUCCCUGACCACGUUCUACGUGUUCGUGCACGACUUCCAGCCCCCAAUAUGGAUACAGAUUGCCUUCUCGCAGUAUCCGAAGCUCAAUCUGCAGCAGUUCUUCAUCACAUUCUCCUCAUGCUUCCUCCUGCUGCUGCUCAUGGCCGCCGUCCUGUGGAAGAUCAAGCAGAAGUACGACAUGUUCCGGCGGCGUCAGCGAUUGUUCGUCGAGAUGGAACAGAUGGCGAGUCGACCGUUUUCCCAGGUGCUGGUCGAUAUCGAAAACCGCGAAAGUAUUGAUCUGAGUCUGACGCUGGAGGGCAUUGGCCAUCUGUCCAAGAAACGCAAAAAGGAAUGCCCGAGUCCCAUUGCUUUGGAGCCUUGCAGUGGCAACCGAGCCGCCGUGCUCUCGCUUCUAGUCCGGCUGCCCACGGGUGGCCUUUCGCAGGCGCCGUCUGGCCAGUCCGCGGGCCUGGCCGUGGCCAGCGCCUUAGUCACGCUCGGCAACCCGCGUCGUCCGUCGAUCGAGCAGCAUCCCAAGGAGCCAAAGUCGAAGCGCAAGCAGAGCCAGCACCCAGACAGUUGUACAUAAUAACCGUAACACUAUGCUUACCUACAUAAAGUAAUAAUGAUAACGAUAAUGAUAAUAAUUACGAUAAUAUGUAACUAGCGAAUAGGUCCGAGUAUAUAGCAUAUUUGCCCCGACUUUCUUCUACUAACCACACACAUACACACACACAAAAGGCAAGCGCUAGCAAGUUGAUAAUCCGCAGUUAUUAUUACUUUAAUGCAUUAGACUAGUAACGAAACGAGGAGGAAAGAAAGAAACAAACAAACAAACAAAUAAUAAUAAUUUUUAGCAAAAGGACAUAUUUAUAUACGGUUAUAUACAAUUUGAUAUAGUUGAUAGGUCGAGUAGCGUUGCAAUAGUUAUAAAUGUUUAAUUUAUUAUUUAUACCGCGUACGUGAGCUAAGUUCGAUGGCAGCUGUAUUCAAAUUAUUAAUGUAUUUUUUUUACUUAACCACAUAGCCUAAGCGUGUUGUUAGAAUUUAUUUAUGCAAAUUUUGUGCGCUGCCUCGGCAGCGGCUGCACCAAAAGCCGCAACAUUUUAGGAGACAGAAACAAACAGGAAGCGCGUGGAAACAAAAAGACAUUCGAUUGAUCUUAGCAAAAAGUGAUGAACAAACCAGAUGACAGACAAAGGCGAUAGAAACAAGGAGCGAGGUGGCGGAGACAUGCAAUACUGUGUUCAAUAAUAGGAAUAUUUCUGUUUUUAAUAUCCGUGCAAAUAUUUACAACGCAAGACAUGAGUGGAUCAAGACAUAAACCGAACAGAACAGAGCAGAACAAAACAAUGCAAGUGUAAAUAAAAUACGUAAAUUAUGAACGCUAUAUAGAUAGUAGUUAUACAUAUAACAAAUAGCUCUUGAUAUGAGAACGCGCCCAAAACGAAUCAAAAAGAUUAAAAAAUGUACAUGCAAUCUAGAUGAGAUCCAACAUUUACCAAAAUUCCAACUAAAUCACAAACUAAUCGUAAGGUUUCCUCUUGGCAACAAAAAACAAACUACAGAAACAACUCACACAGUUAAUUAACUUGAUAAUUCAAACUAAGACAACUCACACCAAUUAACUAGACGCACUCUCUGUAAUACAAAUCCAGGAAUGGAACAACCUCUAGAAUCAAAAGGCACUCGUCUAAAACUUUAACUAACACCUAGAGAUCUUUUAAGAAACACACAACCCUUCAAAGUACACAAUCUCCAGCCGAGAUGUUGACGAUCGCUUCGUGUUAGCCGACAGACAAUUGUAAAUCUAUAUAAUUUUUUUAACAAUCUAAUAAAGUCCAUUUACGAAAUUUAAUUUCAA